UCUCUGUGUCUCGCUGACUCUCUCUGUGUCUCGCUGACUCUCUCUGUGUCUCGCUGCUGAUCAGACCCGGAGAUCGGACGAGAUGGGUUGCUGUAGGAGUAAGGACAGCGACUCGGAGGACGGCUUAGCGUCGGUGCGAGUGGAGACCCCUCCGAGCUGGGGAAACGACGCUUCCAGGCGCAGCGGCUCCGCUUCGAGAAACUCCAGCGCUUCUCGUCAGCCCAAGCCGACGCCGAGACAAUUCUAUGUAGGUCCGAGCCGGCUCAAUGUACCUCCGAGCCGGGUCAAUGUGGGUCCGAGCCGGCUCAAUGUACCUCCGAGCCGGGUCAAUGUGGGUCCGAGCCGGGUCAAUGUACCUCCGAGCCAGGUCAAUGUACUUUCGAGCUGGAAUGUGGUCCCUAAUGCGCCCUCUCCGAGCCGCGCCAACGGUGGUCCGCGUUACCAGCCGGCGGCGGUCAACACGUUCUCGGACACCUCUUGCAUCUGGGAUCAGCUACCUCCAGCGCAAACCUACUACCCGCAGCCGCCCGCGGACCGCUCCGAUGUGGAGUCCAUAGGGCACAGCUCCCAGCACAACGCGGAGAGGCACUUCUUCCAACACUUCUUCGCGGUUCUGGACCAAGUCCCCGGCCACAAGGGGAUCUUCAAGAGGUGGAAGAGGGAGGCGCAGAGGGCGGAGAUCGCGAACGAGAACGAGAACAUGGGCAAGGUGUGGAACGAGCCGGGCGGCUACGUGAAGACCUUGCAGCGAGUCAAGAUGCUGGUCUACAACAAGGGGUUCCGGGAGUCGGACCGGGUCAAGCUGGCCGACUGGGCGGCCAAGGUGGUGAAGAGAAGGACCGCUCAGUUCAACAAGGCCAAAGCAAAGGGCAAAGACGACUCCAACCACCUCAAGGUACUGGAGGAGUGGAGAGGGGUGAACUCGACAAUCCAGAACCUCCUCUGAGAGAGAUGGCACCCUGGUGGCCCCCCUGUCCUGGAGAUGAUUUGAACCCAACAACCCCCCUUCCUGAGCCCGAAGUCCAAAGAAAGGUUCCGACUCUGAACGUCAUCCAUCGUCACCGGGCAGAUUACCAUGGGACCACACACAUCGGACAUGAACUGGAUGUGUAGGAAAGAGCUGCCGAAGAAGAUCGACACGAAAGGCUGGAAUAACUCAGCGGGACAAGCAGCAUCUCUGGAGAGAAGAAGGGUGUCACCCAUUCCUUCUCCCCAGAGAUCCAAUCAUUUGUGUCUACCUUCGUCCUCAACUGAACUGUGAAACGCUGUAUUUUUUAACCUAAAGAUGACGCCACAAAAUAGCCAGGUUUAUUGUGAACUGUCGGUACACUGGAAUCCAACCCCUCUCUCUGAAAAUGUGAAGAACUGAUUGCAGUCCCUUUCUCCACACAUUCCUCCCACCCGUCCUCCAGAUUAGGUUUCGCCUUCCAUGACAUCUGAGAUGUCUUUUUUUUUCCCCCAGGGAGCAUGGCUUCUCCUUUACCCCAGUUUAAGGAGCGCUCUCUAUCUCCCAAGUUUAUACCCUCUCUCUCUCUCCCCCCCCCCCCCCCCCAAGUUUACAGAUGCUCCUCUCUUCCCACUAGUUUACCGAUCCCUCUCUACAUCCCUAGUUUAUUGACCAAUCUCACCUAAGUGUAUCGAACUCUUUCCCUAAUAUAUGGUACGCCCCUCUCUCCCUAGUCUACAGACCCCUCUAUCCCUAAUUUACGGAAACCCAUCUCUCCUGAGUGUACAGGUCCAUCUCUCCCCCUACAUCAUGCUACCCUCUCUACCUCCCUUGUUUAUUGACCCCUCCAUCUCUCCUUCGUAUGUGAGC